UCAAUACCAGUUCAAUAUCUUACCUCAUGAACACAAUUUUUACCAUUUCAAUACAAUGCACAGGACUAUUAUAUAUUUAUAUUACGACUUUAAACUGCACAUGAAAUUAAGCUACCAUCACUGCACUAAAAACAUGGAAUUUAGAAUUGUCCUAAUUUUUGCAUUCUUGGCCUUGCUGUUGAUGCAAGGACAAGCAGGAGGAGGAUCAUUGGCACUUGCAGCAGAUCAGGAAGAUGAUAAUAAUAAUGGUGAUGCUUAUCUGGACACGUAUAUUGUCCACGUGGACAUUCCCGACAACAUCCUGUUUGGGAGCUCCGAGGAUGACGUGGAAAGAUGGUACCAUUCAUUUCUUGCCAAAUGCUUGCCUGCUUCGGAAUCGGAUGCCAAUGCCAAGUCUAGAAUGGUCUACACCUACAAGAAUGUCAUCAGAGGAUUUGCGGCGAGGCUGACGCCGGAGGAAUUCUCCGCCAUUAAUGACCACGAGGAAUUGAUGCACGCCCGCCCACAGCGGAUGCUGCCGCUGCACACAACCCACACGCCGGCGUUCCUCGGCCUGCAGCAGGGCGCCGGCCUGUGGAAGGAUUCCAACCUUGGACAGGGCAUAGUCAUCGGGGUCAUCGACACGGGCGUGUUCCCCGACCACCCCUCCUUCGCCGACCAAGGAAUGCCGCCGCCGCCGCCGAAAUGGAAGGGCGCCUGCCAGUUCAAUUUCACGGCGUGCAACAACAAGCUCAUCGGCGCCAGGUACUUCACCAUCGGCGAAGGCACGCCGAUGGACGGCGACGGCCAUGGUACGCACACCGCAGGCACUGCAGCCGGGAACUUUGUUCCCGGCGCCUCCAUCUUCGGCCAGGCCAAUGGCACCGCCGCUGGAAUCGCACCACGAGCCCAUUUAGCUGUUUACAAAGUCUGCACCGAUGGAAGGGACUGUUCGGAAAGCGACGUCCUUGCCGCCAUGGACGCUGCCAUAGACGACGGCGUCGACGUUCUUUCCAUCUCCCUCGGCUGGAGUUCAGUCCCGUUUGCGUUUGACGCCGUUGCGCUUGGCGCUUUCAGCGCCGCACAGAAAGGCAUAUUCGUGAGCUGCUCUGCUAUGAACCGCGGCCCGGCGCUGGCAACGCUGUCGAACGAGGCGCCGUGGAUUCUGACAGUCGGAGCAAGCACCGUCGACCGGAAGUUUAAAGCCACAAUUGGUCUGGGAAACAAAUUGGAGAUCGACGGCGAGUGCAUCGUUCAACCCAACAACUUCGCGCAGUCACAACUGCCUCUCGUCUUCCCCGGCGACUCUUGUUCUUUGAAGGCUCUGACCGUAGCCAAUGUUACAGGGAAAAUCGCAGUCUGCGAGAAAGACGACUACACACUUCUGGCCACUCUCAGAGCCAUUAAAGCAGUCAAUGGUGCAGCACUUAUUCUAAUAGCUCCUGAGGAAGAUGGAGUCACCAAAUUGCUGCUGCACAUUCUCGAACCCGCCAUAGAAAUCAGUCACGCCGACGGCUUGAAGCUCAUAUCCUACAUAAAUUCCACCGCCAAUCCCACGGCGGCGCUGUCCUUUCAAGGGACUGUCAUCGGGGACAGCCAUGCUCCGAUCGUGGCUUCUUUUUCUUCCAGAGGUCCAAGCCUGCAGAGCCCGGGGAUUCUGAAACCCGACAUCGUCGGCCCUGGAUCGAACAUUCUUGCUGCCUAUCCAGUCUCCCUCGAAAACAACACCAACACCAAGCUCAGAUUCGCUCUACUUUCCGGCACUUCCAUGGCCUGCCCUCAUCUCAGCGGCGUAGCCGCUCUGCUCAAAAGCGUGCACCCUGAUUGGUCGCCGGCGGCCAUUAAAUCCGCAAUCAUGACCUCUGCUGAUGUUGUGAACCUCGCCGGAAACCCCAUCGAGGAUCAGACACUAAAACCGGCUGACGUUUUUGCUGCCGGAGCAGGACAUGUGAAUCCAACCAGGGCUAGCGAUCCAGGGCUUGUUUACGACAUCGAACCACAAGACUACAUCCCGUAUCUGUGUGGACUGCAGUAUACGGACAGGGAAGUCGCCAUUAUUACUCAACAGAAGGUGAACUGCUCGGAGGUGCAGGCUAUACCUGAAUCCCAGCUUAAUUAUCCUUCGUUCUCCAUCAUAUUUGGACAGGAAGUUCAGACAUACUCCAGGAUGGCUACCAAUGUUGGCCCAGCGACCUCGACUUACACUGUCAAGAUUCUUGCACCUGUAGGAGUUAAAGUCAGUGUGAUUCCUGAGAAACUUGAAUUCACAGAGAUGAACCAGAAGCUGCCAUACCAAGUGACAUUCACGAGACUUCCAUUGAAUGAAACCGUGGAUUAUACUCAAGGUUUUCUGGUGUGGACGAUGGGGAAGUACGCUGUUCGGAGCCCCAUUGUUGCAAUAAUGGAUGACUGAAUGGAUCGGGUCAGGCCGGGCUUGAAUUUCGAUCAUGUUUUGUCAGCUUACCUUUUGUUUCCAUCACAAGAAUAAAUCCCUGUUUGGCAACUUCUGUUCACGUAUGUACGUAUGUUCUAAAUAAAUAUUAGCCCUGAAUCAUUUGUACAGACACAAAGUGUUGUAAAAUUGGAUAUCAACAGACUGCAGAUAUGGUAAUUCCAGAUAACGGAACAAAC